AGGGAAGAGCUUGACUCAUCGUUACUGAGACGCAUCACCUCUCUGAGCCAGUAACUACACAAAAUGGCAGACGCAGCCGUUGCAGCUCCCGCCGACAAGAAGGCACCUCCCAAAUUCAAGCAGAGGACCACUCGCACCUUCAAGAGCAAGGCUCCCAAGCCUGGCCAGAAGGGAUUUGGAGAUGACAUCCCUGGGAUGGAGGGUCUUGGCACAGACAUCACAGUGGUUUGCCCAUGGGAAGCCUUCGGCGACAUGGAGCUGAGCGAUCUGGCGAAAUACGGAAUUGUCUAGAUCUCCAUCUUUCCUUCCCCUUGCCUAUUCUUCUUAAAUCCUCCAAAACCUCUCUGCACUUAUUUCCCUUCUUUGCCUCCUCUUCCUCCCCCGUUGCGCUCCACCCUGCUCAUCCCGUCCCUUCUCUGCCUCUGGUCCCCAGUAAUGAGGCUGUCAAAGGUUUUGAACUGACUUUUGUUAUGGUAUGCCACAUUGCACUAGGCACUGACACUUUGUCUGCUCGCUGUUAAAGGCUCGAGCCACUAAUUGGCCCACACACAUAAACGCACAUGAUAUCUGCAGGCCACACAUGCACACAUACAUAUCUAACACC